UUCUCGCUGUCACCGAUUACUCUUGCUGGUUAUUUUAGUGCUUUCCUGAUGUUCAGUGAAGAAUUAAUGCAAAUUCUUUAACCAUUUUAAGAAUUUUCUCUCCUUUCCCUUAUUCUCGGAUCUAUAAUCUUCAAGUCGUGUAUGAACAUAAAUCCAUUGAAGGACUUUAAUUACUCGUUAAUCGUUUAUGUUCCCUUUAAAUUUGAAAACUUGUGUUGAUAUCAAAUUGAUUAUUUGCUUUUAUGAUAGAUGGUGGCAAGUGAUCGACCGAAGACUGUUGUUUAUCUGCUGGUUCUUAUUUAAUUGGAAUAGGUUUAGCUGAAAUCAUUGUGAGCUAUGGGUCGGAAUUUGCAGCAGGCUAACUCUACAAUUAUUGGGAAGAGCAGGCCUAGCACAGGAUGCAUGUGGGGUGUACUUCAUAUACUGAAGUAUCAACAAUGGCGUCACAUUAAGAAAAGGCUUCCAUAUAGGAGUGGUGCAAGUAAUAAACAAGCCGUUGGGGCUGGAAAUCCAGGACAUGAUACAAAUGACUUGAAGACUGGUACAAUUUCAGAGCAUGAAAGACUAGGAAACAACAGCUCUAUGGUUGAUGAAAAAAUAACGCAGCCUGCUCCUCCAGUAGCCAAAUCUUCUGUUAAAUCUCGGUUGAAAGCACUUCUAUCAGAUGAGCUGUAUAGAAGGAAGGGCAAACAUCGACGAAGUGAAUCUUGCCCUGUGCGUUCCCCCUUGACGCGAACAGAUCCCAUUCGUCAUUUAGAACCUUCAGAUAAGGAUCCUAUUGCCGCUAGAAACUCAAAUGCUGCAAGUCCCACAAUUGCUGACGAUAACAAGCUUUCGGAUCCAUUGGUAUCAAAUUCUUUUGAGGGGGGAAAUUCUGAUGGGACUGGCAAUCACUUGGGGCAUAAACAGGUUGAUGAGACUGGGAAGAAGUUAAUUGAAAAUCGCCAUUUUCUUGAAAAUUCAGAUAGUGAAAGCGAAAAUUUAGUCCCUUCAAAGGAACUCAAUAUUGAUGCUUCAACCUACAAAUCAAAAGAGGUUUCGGAUGCUAUUGUUAUGAUCAAUAUGAAUAAAGAAUUCUUGUUGAAAAUUUUGAAAGACCCAGGUUCUCCAUUGGCUCAUCGCUUCCGAAAUCAACAGACAUUAAGCCAUAAAAGGGCAUUUUCCAAGUCUCUCUCAUUCUCUUCACCUGGCAAUAUAAGAGAUUCUGGAUCAAGAAAAAUCAAGCAAAAGCAAGGUGGUGUUAAAUCUGAUGCAGAAAAGCCCAGUACAAAAGAAUAUUUCCGCUCACAUUCGAUGCCAUCAAUAGCUGCUGAAUACAGGAUGGAUGGAAUUCAAAAACUAAACCUAGCAAUGGCAGAAACUGCUGAUCCUUCUUCAUGCUCAGUCCAUCGUAGGAAGAAUAAGAGUUUCAGGGAUAUUAAACAUAAGAUAAAACAUGCUAUUAAACAUAGCAAAAAUGAGAAGCAACGGAUCACAAUGGAUGCAGUCCUUCACAAGAUUCCUCAUGGUCAUGGGUUCCCAAAUAAGGAUUUGAAAAGCCACACGAUGAGCAGAGAUGGUAAAGAAAGUCACAUAAGUAGUAAUGAGAGUGAGCAUUCUCUUCCUUGCUCUAGCAAAAGUGAAUUGCGUCGCUUCCGUAGAACAGCAUCUCUUAAUGAAUCAAUAGACAAAUAUUGUCAGUUGUAUGAGUCUACUAAUUUGAACAGAGAACCAAAACAGCUUAGUUCCGAUACAUCAAAAUCAAGAACCAUAGAUGCUAGUUCGCCUCAAACUAAUGCUCCAAAGUCCAUGAGAAGAAUGUCUUCCUCCCCUAACCUCAAAUCUUAUUUCUGUUAUAGUGAGGAUUCUUCUCAACCCGUUUCAUCAAGUCAGAUUAAGAAUGCUGUGGAUGAAAGUACGAGAACAAAGGAUGAUUUUAGUGAACAAUUCGAUGCAGAAAGUCGAGUGGAAAGUAAUAUUCAACAGACUAUGGACAGUGAAACAAAUUCAAUUAAUGGAGAUCAGUUAGGGAAGACAACAGUGUCUGAUAUCGGCCCUGAAGCAGAGUUGGGUCUGGUUGGUGAUGAUUUGGGCAACUUGUUGACAAUGGAAGAUGCAUCUGAGGAGGAGGAUAUGGAAACCCAAAGUAAAUCUUCUAUUGAACUGGCAGAAGCCAAUAGUGUCCAUGUGCCUGAUUCCAAAUGUGAAGAGGAAACAACGAUUCCUGCAAGCUUUCCCAUUUCAGAAGAUCUAGAAGUGAUGACAAGCCCUCCCCUUCCCAGCAUAAUUGAUUCUUUGGAGGACCAGCUAGUAGAAACAAUUAGCAAGGAUACACCAACAACAGAAAAAAUUGAUAUUCUAAGCAAGCAUCUCACAAUUCUUGUGGGUGCUAAAGAGAAGGCUGAAUUUGAUUAUGUGAGAGACAUACUUGAAAUAUCAGGUUUCAGCGGGACUGAGUUGCUUGGAACAUGGCAUUCAAAUAACCAACCAAUGGAUCCUUGUCUAUUUGAGGAAAUGGAAGAAGAUUGUAUGGUCCUUGAUCCUGAGUGUCCAGGAAAUGUUGAAGGUUACCGUUGUGAUCACCUGCUCUUAUUUGAUCUAAUCAAUGAGGUAUUAAUGGAGAUUUAUGCAAAAUCAUACACCUAUUAUCCAAGGCCUUUGUCUGCGCUUUCCCACAUCCGUCCAAUGCCUGUAGGGCAGCACGUUCUUGAAGAGGUGUGGGCUAAUAUAAGCUGGUAUUUGAGCUCAAUUCCAGAGGCUGACCAAUUAUUGGAUCAUAUUGUGAGUGGAGAUUUAGCAAAGAGUGAUGGGUGGAUGAACCUGCAAUUUGACAGUGAAUGCGCGGGGCUUGAGGUGGAGGACUUGAUUUUUGAUGAUCUUCUAGAGGAAAUUAUUUUCACUUGAGUUUCUUGGAUGAAUUCUUUAUGAGAUUCUCUCCAAAGUAUCUUAAUCGUCUAGUUUACACAAACAAUUUUGUUUUUCUUGAUUAAAUAUGUAAUUAAUGUUAGAUAUGUAGAAGAGAAAACUCUUGGUUGUAUACAUGUAUUUAUACAUGCUAUACACAGUUAGAAAUAAAAAAAGUAUAAAUCAUUUUUUAUUGU